GCAAGAGUACGGUGUGCCGUGUGUGCCACGAUGCUAUAUAAACAAUACUUUGCGCGAACCGUGAUCAGUCGAGUUGCGGCGGUCGUACCUGUCGCGACACAAUAUAAUGCAUCGCACUAUAACAAGCUAAGCAAGAGAACCGGUCAUCCUCUUUUCCGUAUCUUUCGUUACCUCGCGUUCUCAUUUGCCCUUAACCUUACCCCGUUGCCGCCCGUGACUCUUCGUGCAAAUUCCGUCGCUUCCAGGUGAACAUACGUAUAUAUCGUCUUCCUGUGUACAGAGAAGUGACCAGCCAUGUCGCACGACAAUUUAGGAUAUACCUCGAGCACGGAUGGACUCGACGCCAAAAAGUGGACCGCUUCGUCGAAGAACAGUCACAAUGGCUACGAUCCAGCCCACAACAACCGUUCGAACGUUUACGUCCUGGAGCUCGAAGAGAAGAAGAAGACCGUGCAGGAGUACGAGGAAGAGUACAAUCCGUAUGAUCAUAGAGUGGUCGAGCAUCCAACCACGAGCUUCGAGACGUUGCUUCAUCUCUUGAAGGGUAGCUUGGGAACAGGUAUACUGGCGAUGCCGAAGGCCUUCCAUCAUGCCGGAUACGCUGUGGGCGCCGUGGCGACGAUCAUCAUUGGUCUGCUCUGUACUUACUGUAUGCGGAUACUCGUCAACUCGCAGCACGAGCUGUCCAAACGGAAGAAAGUCCCGUCGAUGUCGUACCCAGCGACAGCGGAGGCCGCGUUGUCCGAGGGUCCGGCGCCGUUAAGGCGGUUCUCGAGGGCUUCCGUUCACAUCAUAAACGUGUUCCUCAUGAUAUAUCAGAUGGGAAGUUGCUGCGUGUACACUGUGUUCAUCGGCACGAAUUUGAAAACGGCUCUGUCCUCCUACUUUCCGGACGCCGAUCUGAGGCUGUACAUGCUGGCGAUCCUAGUGCCACUGAUCCUGGUCAAUUGGAUUAGAAAUCUCAAGUUCCUGGCCCCGUGCUCGACCAUCGCGAACGGCAUCACGUUCGCCAGUUUCGGCAUAAUAUUGUAUUACAUCUUCAGAGAGCCGUUGUCGUUCGAGAAUCGCGAGCCGAUCGGCAAAGUGGAGGACUUUCCGCUGUACUUUGGCACCGUACUCUUUGCUCUGGAGGCGAUCGGCGUGAUCAUGCCUCUGGAGAACGAGAUGAAGAAACCGAAGUCGUUCAUUAAGACCUUCGGUGUUCUGAACAUAGGAAUGGGCACCAUUGUGACAAUCUACACUGCUCUGGGAUUCUUUGGAUACAUUCGUUAUGGUAGUACGGUUGAGGGAAGCAUCACGCUCAGCUUGAACGAGCCGAUGCUCUUGGCAAAGAGCGUGCAGAUCUUACUGGCUAUCGCGAUAUUUUUCACGCAUCCCAUUCAGUGUUACGUGGCCAUCGACAUCACCUGGAACGACUAUAUCGCGCCAAACUUGGAGAAAAACUCUCACAAACUCUUGUGGGAAUACGUCGUGAGGACCGCCCUUGUUCUCCUUACCUUCUUGCUGGCCAUAGCGAUUCCUCAGUUGGACUUGUUCAUAUCCCUGUUCGGUGCCCUGUGCCUCUCCGGUCUGGGGCUCGCGUUCCCCGCUAUCAUUCAGACCUGCACAUUCUGGAGCGUGUACGGUCGCACCGAGAGGAUACUGAUGGUGGCGAAGAACAUGUCUCUGGUUCUGUUCGGGCUUCUCGGUCUGGUGAUAGGAACGUACACGAGUCUUCGUGACAUCAUCCACAGCUUCUCUUGAAGCGGGUUCUUCGGAGAAGAACGAGAAGACCAUGAGAGAAUGAACGGCGGGGGAAUAAAAGAGGAGAGAAAGGGGAAUAGAUGGACAGAAAGUUUCGCUGCGUUGUUCCCCGUUAAUGGAGGAACGGGGGCAUACGUGGAGUUUCGUUUCGCACACCUUAAAACGAGCAUCGAACGAUCCAAGAAAGAGUUCAGACCGAGGAACCCUCCUCCCUCUUAGAGAGACGUAUUUUAUAAAUACGACCACGUCAUACGAGACUAACUAAACGGUCUCGUUACGGAAUGGAAAUGAAAUUGGACGCCUGGCGUGUCGCGAUCGGUGAACACGCUAUAUGCUGCUUUCAACCGGAUCAAGUUCGCCUGUUGACCAGGAACUGUUUUGUUUUUUUUUAUUUUCUUUACAUAGCCCGCCGCGUGUUUGAACCGCGGACGAUGAGAUUAGCCUGCGAGAGAGAUUAGAAGCAAGAUUUCGAGAGUAGGAGAAGAGAUAUAGAGUUUGUCGAUGUUGAAGAAAUAGUACAGCGGCUGUAGUUCAAUUGCGGGAACCGCGUAUUCAAGACGCGUUGUUUCCGGUUCACUUAUUUAUAUCUAAUUGUAAGGCUGUCAUGUAACAUCAUUUCCUGUAGAACGCAGGGUAUUCGUUUGUCCUAUCGUAGUCUAUUAUACAUACACACGUACACACGUUUUACCAAGUGAUCAGGUUACCCGUGGACAAAGGAUUGACACUCGCAACCACCUCGAUUUUAAGGAUAGCUAGUACGAAUCGCCAUUAUGUUCAUUUUAAUAAAACGAUCUGUUCAGUGUUUUAAUAGGA